AUGGCGGAGGGCGAAUUGAACGUGGACAGCAUCAUCUCUCGCCUUUUGGAAGUGCGGGGAUGUCGCCCAGGGAAGAUAGUCCAGAUGACCGAGGCAGAGGUGCGAGGGCUCUGCAUCAAGUCCAGGGAGAUAUUCCUCAGCCAGCCCAUCCUGCUGGAGCUGGAGGCUCCUCUCAAGAUCUGUGGCGAUAUCCAUGGGCAGUACACAGACCUGCUGAGGCUGUUUGAAUAUGGCGGCUUCCCCCCAGAGGCCAACUACCUCUUCCUGGGGGACUACGUGGACAGAGGGAAGCAGUCCUUAGAGACCAUCUGCCUGCUGUUGGCCUAUAAGAUCAAGUACCCGGAGAAUUUUUUCCUGCUCAGGGGGAACCACGAGUGUGCCUCCAUUAACCGCAUCUACGGCUUCUACGACGAGUGUAAGCGCAGAUUCAACAUCAAGUUGUGGAAGACCUUCACAGACUGCUUUAACUGCCUCCCGAUAGCCGCAAUUAUUGAUGAGAAGAUCUUCUGUUGCCACGGAGGCCUGUCGCCUGAUUUACAGUCAAUGGAACAGAUCCGCAGGAUUAUGAGGCCAACAGAUGUGCCAGAUACAGGUCUGCUGUGUGACCUGCUGUGGUCGGACCCAGACAAAGAUGUGCAGGGCUGGGGGGAGAACGACCGCGGCGUCUCCUUCACCUUUGGGGCCGAUGUGGUCAGCAAGUUCCUCAACCGCCAUGACCUGGACCUCAUCUGCCGAGCCCAUCAGGUUGUGGAGGAUGGAUAUGAGUUCUUUGCCAAACGCCAACUGGUCACGCUGUUCUCUGCUCCGAACUACUGUGGGGAGUUUGAUAAUGCGGGCGGAAUGAUGAGUGUUGAUGAGUCCCUCAUGUGCUCUUUCCAGAUCCUAAAGCCCUCAGAGAAGAAGGCUAAGUACCAGUAUGGUGGCGUCAAUUCUGGUCGCCCCGUCACCCCGCCCCGCACUGCCCAAGCCCCUAAGAAGAGGUGAACAUGCCAUUUUUCCUCUGCCUUUCCUCUUUCCCCAACCUAUUCUCAGUCUGUCCAUCACUGCAACCCCAGUAACUCCCCUGUAUAGCGAUAAUACAGGGCCUAUUCAUUGCCCCAGUGUCCCCAUCCCAGCUCCACUGACAGCUCUUUUCUUAAUAUGUAUGUGUAUAUAAGUUUGCUGUGACCAAUUGAUGUAUUAUUUUUUUGCCUGUUUAUUGGUAUUUUUGAUAAUUAUUAACAAAUAUUCUACUUGUGGUUUUACUUGCAGUGUCAUUUGAGGUUCUCUAAGGUUCUGUGUUGUUUGUAUGGAAACACCUCCUCUAUGAAAGAGGAGAGGGAACGAGUCCGAGGAAUUCUUGAUCGAAAACAAAAUGGAUAUUAAAAUUUGUUUUGGCUCAAUCCCUCUCCAAAAAAAAAAAGAAAAAAAAAAGCGAGAACUCUCCUCAUAAUUUGAAUUUCAGUCAACUGAGACACCGCGUCACUCAGCUCGUAUACACACACACACACACACACACACACACACACACACACACACACACACAUGAACACCUCUAACAGUUCUGACAUUGCUCACAGCUCAAACACAUCAUAGCGCGUGUACGUAGUAGAAUGUAUGAGUGUAUGUGCAUGCGCUGGUGAUUGUUUGUGUAGUGUUGGACAUAUUUUUGAAACACUCAGCCAUUGGGGAAAAAUGCUCCUCCCCCAAUUUGAGGAACAGAUGUGAACAAAGAUGAGCUUGAAUGAACCACACAGAUUUGAUCUGAUGCUGCUGGCAGCGUAGAUGCACUUACACAGAAACAGCUCCCAGUGGACACAGACUCCCCACUCUCUCAUGCCUCACUGUGCCUGGAUACCACAUCUACACAAGCACAUGCCACUUCUCACACAGAGGUGCAAAUGACGCUCUCCCAUAUCUGUUUAUUAGUUCUAUUCAAUAUAAUUGUCCCCACAUAAAAUCCACCUGAUUCAGAGUCAAAGAUCAGAAUCAAAAAACUUUGUGUCAUUUCAAGCAGGCUGUGUCCUUGAAAAAGUUUGAACCCUGUGGGGGCUCUUUUCCUUAUAUAAGUCAGCCAGUUCUUUGUGGUUAAUAUGUCAUUGGUGUGAACCGAGACUGGCUAAAUUGAAUACCUGCUAAUAAUAUUGAGUUGCCUUUAUUAGUCUGGCUCUUGUAGUGAAUCCCAUGAAAAUAGAAUAAACAGUAUAGCAUGUGCUGCAAGGUUGUACCUUAGCUAAGUUCCUGAGGUGUACAAAAUGCAUAAAUAGCAAAAAUUAAAAUGCAAGCUUCAAAAUAAAUCUGCAAUAUCCUACAUUUUGCACUACAUACAUGGGACAUAUAGCCAGCAAGCUCUGAAACGGAAAUGGAGUAACACAAAAGCGAAUGGGAUGUUGGCCGAUUUGAGGAGUCACAGGGAAAUGUGCUAAACAUCCCCUUUUUCUCCCCCAGUUUGUUCAGAUACAAAGCAAGAAUUUGGUAAAAGACAGAAGGUGGCCUUGGCAUUACUAUGGUAUUAGUGUGAUAGUAAUGCCACCUGGUGUAUAGAAAUUGCCAGUACACAAGUCUUAACUUAAACGUCAAAGUAGACUGAUCAGGUUGAGCUUUUGAUUAAAAUGCCAAUGUAAGACCGUUACUACCAGCAGGUAACUGAUAUGUGUAUUCUACUGGCUGGCAUUAAAGUUCUGUCCGCUGCAAAUGUUAGAGCAGUUGACUUUUCUUUCUUUCUUUUUUUUUUUUUUUAACAGUUGCCUCUAUUUACUUUUGCUCUUUGUUGUAUUCUUUCUGUUGUAUUUCUAUGUACCCUAUUCACAUUGUUUACUGAAUAGUCACUUAAUUUAUUUCCUAAUAAUGAUAGAGAUGGAAAAAAAACUGAGGUGUUUCCAAAAGUUAUUUUACAGUUUGUAUAAGUUGGUUUUAAAGUCUCUGAAUUCAAUAAAAUGGAUGAAAC